AUGGGCCCCCGCGGAGCGCGGUGCGGCGCCCGGCGCGCCGCCGGCUACCUGCUGCUGUGCUGGGCUCUGGCCGCCGCCCGCGCCGCCCCGCGCAGGACACCCUCGUUCGACGGCCACGUCGCGGAGAACCGGCCGGCGGGCACGCGGGUGCGCGGGCUCAGCAUCCCCCUGACGCGGCUGGGGCCCGAGCCCUGGUGCGCCAAGGUGCAGGGGCGCCGCUGGCACCUGCAGCUGCUGGGCGAGGGACACUCGCACUUCCAGGUGUCGCUGGACGCGCGCACGGCCCGCGUGUGGCUGCGCACCCGCCGCCCGCUGGACCGCGAGGCGCGGGCGCUGUACUCGCUCCGCCUGGGGCUGUGCUGCAAGCGCUGCGCGCCCCAGGGCGCCGCGCCCGCGGAGCUGGCCGCGCUCACCGUGCGCGUCCUGGACGACAACGACAACGCGCCGCGCUUCGUGGGGCCCGGCUCCGCGCAGCUCCGCGUGGAGGAGACGCUGGCGCUCAAGUCCCAGGUGUGGCAGGCGCGGGCCGAGGACGCGGACGCGGGCGCCAACGCGGAGCUGCGCUACUUCGCCCUCCCGCGCAGCGCGCACUUCUUCGUGGUGCCGCGCAGCGGACGCGUGGUGCUGGUGAGCUCCCUGCUCCACUUGCGCGCUCCCAUCCCGCUACGCCUCUACGCGCGGGACCGCGGCCGGCCCGCGCUUCUCAGCGAGCCCCUGGAGCUGGAGGUGCUGCCGCAGCCCAAGCGCCUCCCGCCGCCGCCGCCCCGCCGCCGCCGGCGGGCCGCGCUGCCGCCCGCCGCGCCCCUGGCGCUGGCACUGCCCGAGGACGCCCGCCCGGGCACCCGCCUGGCCACCCUGGCCCCCGCGCGCUUCGCCUCCGCCUGGUUCGAGCUGCUGUCGCCGCCCGUCGAGGAGUCGCCGGUGAGCGUGGAGCGAGAGAGCGGCGAGGUGACGCUGCGCGCGGCCCUGGACAGGGAGGCGGUGGCCGCCUGGGAGCUCGUCGUCCGCGUCCAGGAGCGCCGAGGGAAGGAUUGGUACCUGGUGCAUGUCUCACUUACUGUGACAGAUGUGAAUGACAACGUCCCUGAGUGGGCCAUGGAGCCCUUCCCUUUCCUGGCUGUGGUUUCUCCUGAGGCUGCAGGAGGGACUGAAGUGUACAAGCUGCUUGCUGUGGAUGCAGAUGAAGGGAUCCAUGGAACUGUAGAAUAUUUUCUCUUGGAAGGUGGCGAAGACAGAUUUGAAGUUGAGAAGGACACUGGCUGGAUUAAAACAACAGGUUUGCCACUGGUGAGGGACAAGGAGUAUUUGCUGACUGUACUAGCAGCAGAUAAACUUGGAAGCAGAGGGUCCCCAGCCUCUGUUUCUGUAAUUGCUGGAUUCCGACCACCACAGUUCACCAACAUCUCAUACUUUGUGUAUGUUCCUGAGAGCACCCCGCAAGGAGAGCCCUUUCUUACAGUCACUGCUGUGUCAUAUCAGAAGAAAUCCCUGAGCUACAGUUUGCUCACUAAUCCUGGGGGUCUGUUCAGCAUUGAUCAGGCAACGGGAGAGCUCAGUCUAACUCGGAGUGUGGAUUAUGAAGGUGACCCCCACCAGUACCUCCUUUUGGUCAGGGCAGAGGAGAACGAGGAGCAGUCCAGCACUGCUGCUGAGGUUUUGGUUGUAAUCACAGAUGUGAAUGAUUGUGCCCCUGCAUUUCAUCAGUCGAUUUACAGCAAAGUUGGUGUUCCUGAAACAGUUCCUAUGACAACUGCUCUUCUCCAAGUGACAGCCACUGACUGUGACUCAAAGGAGAAUGCCCAGUUGCUGUAUUACACUCUGAGCCAAGACUUCAGCAUUACUUCUCAUGGCACUAUUUUUCCAGCCACACGGUUGGACUACGAGCGCCCGAACCACCUCUAUGAGUUCAUCAUUAUGGCUGUAGAUCAAGGGGAAGAGCCCAGGACUGGCACAGCAACUGUUAGGAUCCAUGUCUCCAAUGUGAAUGAUGAAGCACCUGAGUUUUCUCAGACAAUCUACAGGAGCUUUGUUUCUGAAGAUGCAGGCCCAAACACGCUGAUUGCCACAGUUAAUGCUGUUGAUCCUGAUGGAGAUGGUGUGACAUAUGAUAUUCUGUCUGGGAAUCAGAAAGGGAACUUUGUUAUUGACCCUAAGAAAGGGCUACUUAGACUGCGUGCAAGCCCAUUUCCUGAGCUGCAGGGGACAGAAUAUGUUCUGAAUGUCACAGCAACUGAUGAUAAUGCCUCUGGAGGGCCCCAUCCUCUCACAAGUACUGCCCAGGUUGUAGUGAAAAUUGAUGAUGUCAACAAUAACAAACCUGUCUUUCAGAAGUGCCAGUAUUAUCGGGAACAUGCUUCUGUCCUGGAAAAUCAGCCUUCAGGGACUGUUGUUCUGCAGGUUGAAGCCACUGAUGCUGAUGAAGGGGCCAAUGGAAUAGUGAAAUAUGGUUUGAUGCACAGAGAUGGUGUCCUACCAGCAUUUAGCAUUCAUCCUGACACAGGAGUUCUGACAACUCUUCAGGUAUUUGAUCGAGAAAAACAGAGGGAAUAUCCCAUCACUGUGACAGCAACAGAUCAGGCAGCAGAGCCGCUCAUUGGAAUAUGUCAGAUCAAUAUUGUCAUCCUGGACCAAAAUGACAAUGACCCCAGAUUUGAAAACACCCACUAUGAAUAUUUCCUCCGAGAGGACACAAGAGUUGGGACCAGCUUCCUGCGUGUUGCAGCCCGGGAUGAUGACUACAGCUCAAAUGCUGCCAUUACAUACUCCAUAGCAAGUGAUGAACCAAAUUAUUUACAGAUUAAUCCUACCACAGGCUGGGUGUUUGUAAACCAGCCCAUAUCUCAGAAGUCAUCUAUAAUUCGAGAGAUUACUGCUACAGAUGGAGGCAACAGGAGCAGUAAAGUUGAACUUGCUGUAACUGUAACCAGUGCAAAAAACCAGCCUCCACAGUGGGAAAGAGACAGCUAUGAAGUUGUUAUUCCAGAGAAUACAACACGGGAUGCCUCAAUUUUGACAAUCAAAGCAACUUCUCCCCUUGGAGAUCCCCGUGUCACUUACAACCUGGAAGAGGGGCUUGUCCCAGAGACCAACAUGCCAGUGCGUUUCUACCUGACUCCAAACAGACAUGAUGGUUCUGCUUCAAUCCUGGUAGCUGAGCCCCUGGAUUAUGAAACAACAAAGAGCUUUCAGCUGCGGGUGCGAGCACAGAACGUGGCUGCAGUUCCUCUGGCAGCAUUCACCACAGUCCAUGUUAAUGUCACAGAUGUCAAUGACAAUGUCCCAUUCUUCACUUCAUCCAUUUAUGAAGCCUCAGUAACAGAGGGAGCUGAUGUGGGGACAUUUGUCACUCAGGUGUCUGCCACUGACCUUGACAUUGGUCAGCAUGGUGAGAUAACUUACUCCCUGUUACAUGACAGUGGCAGAGACUACACCUGUUUUCGCUUGGACCCCCAGACAGGCUCCAUUUACACCACCUCGGUGUUUGACAGAGAGGAGAAGGGCUCCUACCUUCUGGAAGUCAAGUCAAUGGAUGGCUCUGAAUCAGCUCGACCUGGAAAGCAUGGGAAGCCAAACUCUGACACGGCGUACGUGCGUGUGUCCGUCAGCGACGUGAACGACAACCAGCCCGUCUUCGCCCAGAGCGUCUACGAGGUGAGCGUGGACGAGGACCAGGAUGUGGGAUCUACCAUCCUCACAGUCAGUGCUAACGAUGAGGAUGAAGGAACAAAUGCUAAACUACGGUAUCAGAUCACAGCUGGAAACACAGGAGGAGUGCUGGAUGUAGAUCCAGAAACAGGAGCCAUUUUCAUUGCCCAACCACUGGACUAUGAAGAAACAAAAAUGUAUGAGAUCCACUUGUUGGCUUCUGAUGGGAAAUGGGAGGAUUAUGCAGUUAUAAUCAUCAACAUCAUGAAUAAAAAUGAUGAGGCUCCAGUUUUUUCUAUCAAUGAAUACUAUGGAAGUAUAAUUGAGGAACUGGAUUCAUUGCCAGUCUUUGUACUUCAGGUUAUGGCCAGUGAUCCUGAUAGUGGUGUUGAUGGAGGAGAUUUGAGAUAUUCCUUGCAUGGGUAUGGUGCAGCUGACAUUUUCACAAUAGAUGAGAAAACAGGCAGCAUUUACUCCCACAAGAGGCUGGACCGGGAAGAGAGAGCACUGUGGAGAUUCAUUGUGUUGGCUACUGAUGAAGGUGGAGGAGGACUUACAGGGUUUGCAGAUGUGAUCAUCAACGUGUGGGAUAUAAACGACAGUGCACCCACAUUCACAUGCAUGCCUGAUGACUGCAAUGGGAAUGUCUUUGAAAACUCUCCUGCAGACACCUUAGUCAUGGAAAUGGCUGCAGUCGAUCGUGAUGACCCAAACGUUGGUCUGAAUGCUGUCCUGACGUACAGGAUAACAGAGAACGUGAAGAAUGAGUUUGGUACUGACAUGUUUAAUAUCAAUCCCAGUACUGGGACCAUCCACGUGGCAGGGGGACUGCUAGACAGAGAGAGGACUGAAAGUUACUUUCUUACUGUUGAAGCAAGAGAUGGGGGAGGACUAAGGGGAACUGCCACUGCCACUGUCUGGGUUGCAGAUGUCAAUGAUAGCGUUCCCAAAUUCACAAAGAAGCUGUGGCAGGCAGCAAUUCCUGAGAACAGUGCCAUUGACUCAGAAGUCCUGCAGGUGUGUGCUACGGAUGCAGACGUUGGGGAAAACGCAGACUUGAUGUUCAGUAUCAUUGGGGGAGACCCAGAUGAGAAGUUUUAUAUUGAGAAUGACAAAGAAUGGCAAUGUGGCACUGUUCGACUGAAAAAAAUGUUGGAUUUUGAGAAUGCCCGUGAAAGACAGUUUAAUCUUACUAUUACUGUGGAAGAUCUGGAUUUUUCUAGUGUUGCAGUGUGCCUGAUUGAAGUUGAAGACUCAAAUGACCACAGUCCAGCUUUCCUUUCUCAGUUUAUUCAGACAAACCCUGUAUUUGAAGACGUGCCUGUAGGUACUACAGUAACCACAGUGAGGGCUACAGACAAGGACUCUGAUUUGAAUGGGAAGAUUAUCUAUUCUAUAAAGUCAGAUUCAGACCCUAUGAGACAAUUUGUGGUUGACCAGUUUGGUCACUUGGUUGUGGCAAGUGCACUUGAUCGUGAAGCCAUUCAGAAAUACGCUUUAAUUGUACAAGCUGCAGAUCAGGGGACACCUGCCCGCACUGGAAGUGUCACAGUUUUAAUUAACUUGCUUGAUAUUAAUGACAAUGGACCAAGGUUUGAAGCACCAUACAUGCCUGUAGUUUGGGAGAAUACAUUGAAGCCUGAAAUAGUGCAUAUGAACCAUACCUCAAAGCUGCUUCAUGCCUUUGAUCCGGAUGCUGAGGAAAACGGGCCACCCUUUACCUAUUCAUUGCCACCAGAAUAUCAGAAUUCCUUGGACUUUUCUCUUACUGACAACAGAAAUAACACAGCUACUAUAACAGCUUUGAGGUCCUUUGACAGAGAAAAGCAGAAGGUGUUUCACCUGCCAAUAGUUAUAACAGAUAGUGGGAUUCCAGCGAUGAGCUCCACGACCACCCUGACUAUAACAGUUGGCGAUGAGAACGACAACUGCCAUGAGUCUGGCCACAAGGAGGUCUAUGUGUACAGCUACAAAGGAAAAUGGUCAACAACAGUGCUUGGGGAAGUGUUUGCACCAGAUCAGGAUGACUGGGACAAUAAAACAUUUCUCUCUGAAGGAAAACUGCACAAAUCUUUCAGAUUAAAUCAGAGGACUGGGUCUUUGCUGAUGGUGGAUAACACUCCUCAGGGAAUAUACAACUUAAGAGUCAGAGUUUCUGAUGGAGUUUGUCCUGAUGUUAUAUCUACAGUACAAGUCCAUGUCAGAGACCUGGAAAAUGAAGCCAUACAAAACUCAGCCACUGUGCGUUUCUCAGAUGUCACAGCAGAGGAGUUCAUAAGGAGAGAUGAACACGGCAAAACGAGGCAUGGCGAAUUCAAGGAGUUCCUUGCAAAACUGUUACCUGCAAAGCUGAGUGAUGUGAUUGUCUUCAGUGUGAUGGGCAGGGAUGGAAAACAGACAGAUGUGAGAUUUGCAGUCCGUGCUGGCUCGGCCUAUUACAGACCUGAGAAACUGCAUGCGGAGAUGGCAGCGUUCAAAACUGAGAUGCAGUCAGCUCUACAACUGAACAUUUCCCAGAUCGAUGUUGACGAGUGCAGGAGUGCCAACUGCAGCGAGGGCUGUACAAACCACCUCAGUGUGAGCGACAUCCCCACAGUGAUGGACACGGGGAGCGUGUCCUUCGUGUCCCUGAGCACCUCCAGCCAGGGGCUCUGCGCCUGCUCCGCCCGCGAGCGCCUGCACCAGCCCUGCUCCUCCUACCCCCGCAGCCCCUGCCUCAACGGGGGCCUUUGUGUCGACACUCUGAACGGCUACAGAUGUCUUUGUCCUGCUUCCUUUCAUGGACCAGACUGCCAGCAGACUAAGCACAGUUUCCAUGGAAAUGGUUAUGCAUGGUUUCGUCCCAUCAGACCUUGUUUUGAAAGCUCUCUCUCUCUCGAGUUUAUUACUGUGGUUCCAGAUGGACUUUUACUAUAUAGUGGCCCUUUAUCAAAUCCAGAACCCGGGAGCACAGAAAACUUCAUUGCAAUAGAACUCUCUGGUGGUAUUCCUGUGCUGAAGAUGAGCCAUGGCUCAGGUUCUGUGGUGCUGCAGUUUCCAAGUCACCUGAAUGUUGCGGACAAGAAGUGGCAUCGACUGGAAGUCAGAACCAACGGUCAGGCUGUCCGCUUCACUCUGGAUCAGUGCAGCGCCGCCGUGCUGUCCGAGAUCGAAGGCGUUGGCCGCUGGCUGUCCACUGAAGAUCGCACAAACUGUGAAGUCUUGGGGUCUGUUCCACGGAGAGCAAGGUAUUUGACUGUGAACCAUGUUCUCCAGCUGGGUGGUGUGAAAGAGUCGUUACCAUAUUCCUACCCACAGUUGCUACACAAACAUUUUUCUGGUUGCUUGCGCAAUCUCAUCUUGGAUACUCAGGUGUAUGACCUUCAGUCUCCUGCAGAGUCCCUGAACAGCUUCCCUGGCUGCACCCUGACGGAUGGGAGUUGUGAGACCAUGGGAUCUUCCUCCUGUGGUGCCCAUGGGAGGUGCCUUGGGGACUGGGGCUCGUUUGCGUGUCACUGUUUGCCAGGCUACCACGGCUAUCGAUGUGAUAAAGUGGCCAAGGAGUACAGGUUUGAGGCAGGCAGCCACAUCCGCUACCAGCUGCCUGUCAGUGUGUCUGCCCGCAGGACGCUGCUGCAGGCCCUGGUGCGCACGCGGCAGCCCGACGGCGUCAUCGCCACCGUGCUGUCCCGGGCCAGGGACGAGCACAUCACCCUGCAGGUUGUUCAGGGACUCCUAGUGGUCUCAUACAAUCUGGGUGAUGGAAACUAUUCUGUAAGCCUUCCCUCAUACCACAUUGACAAUGGUGAAUGGCAUCACAUCACACUGGAGAGAAAUGAAAAUGAAUUUACUCUUCGCCUUUAUGAAGGAGGUGGAAAGAGAGAGAUUACUAAAGCAGCAGGAAUAUACAAAGAGAUUGUCAUUGACCCCAGCAGCUUGGUCCUUGGAAACACCUACCCAUUCAAUCAAAACAGGAGUUUUCAAGGAUGUAUGAAGGAUGUCAGAUUUAACAACUACAGAAUCCCUCUGGACACUCAUGGGAAAGAGCUGGUGUCAAUAUUGAGUGCCCAAGGCAUCAAAGAAGGCUGUUCUUCGGAGGCCUGUAGGAAUAACCCUUGCAACCAGGAAUUUAUUUGUAUUGAUUUGUGGAUGAUGCAUGAAUGCAGCUGCCCUGCAGGACACAUGAUCCUGGAGAACGCCUCAGGCCGGCAGUGCGUGUACACGGCGUGCGCCGAGCGGCCCUGCAACUACGGCACCUGCGUGUCCCUGUCCCCCAGCACCUUCCAGUGCCACUGCCCCGACGGCUACACCGGGCGCCGCUGCGAGGUCACCCUGGCCAUCUUCCACAAGGACACGGGCCUCAGCUUCACCUCCCUCUUCGCCAUCUGCGUCUGCUUCCUGGCGCUCCUAGCUCUGCUCAGCACUGCCUUCCUCUGGGCUCACUGGAAGACACGCAAGGGUCUGCACGGAGGCGUUUACCACGGAUCUGCUCAUCCUGAGGAUCUGGAGGACAUCAGGGAAAACAUCCUCAACUACAAUGAAGAAGGGGGUGGGGAGCAAGAUGAAGACGCCUACAACAUGGCAGAGCUGCAGGUGUCCAUGCAAGGCAGCCCGGCCUGUUCCGUGCACAGGAGGAAGGAGCUGCCGGCCCAGCGGCAGGGCGCCGUGAGGGCGCGGCCCGGGCCCGCGGCGGGCGCGGCGCUGGGCCGGGCGCUGCCGGCGCUGCUGAGGGAGGCCGAGCGCCGCGCCCCGGGCCCGCCGCAGGACUCGCUGCGCGUCUUCUGCACCGAGGGCACCGGCUCCAGCGCCGGCAGCCUCAGCUCCCUCAGCUCCCUCAGCUCCGCGGGGCUGGGCGGCGGCGGCGCCGAGGACAUCCACGAGUGGGGACCCAAGUUCGAGAAACUGAGGGAGCUGUACUCGCACAGAGAGGCAGGAGACCUGUAGCUCCCCAGGGCUGCUAUUUUUAGUUCUCGAGGCAAAGUGCCCAGUGACAGCCCUGCUCACUGAUCACAGGUGCCACUGCGGGGAAAGGAAAAGGUAAGAAGCAGAAAGAUGAACUGGAACUUCACUUACACUGUGAUAAAAUCCCUUUAUGCUGCCAUACAAGGGCAGAAACUGGAUUUGGGCAUAACACAUGAACCCAGCUGCUUACUACUACGUAAUUUUCCAAAGGAAAAGGCCAGGUGUGCUGGCUACAUGCCUCAA